UGCUUCUUGCUGGUGUUUCUCGCGCUGUCCGAGCGCGGUGAGUAGGGGAUUGGGGGAAGGGGAAGGAACUAAGGAAAGGGGCUCUCCAACGGUGUGUAUUGCGUGUAUGAAUCUAGUAAGAAAUAGGGGGCGUGCGGAGGGCAAAAAUCAACAUAACCUCUAGGGUUAUGUUGCCUCGUCACAAUAUAUUAUGUGUAGUAGAGUGUACGGUGUGGCUUCUCACGCAGUUCCACGUGGUUCUUUAUGCGGUACAGAUAACCUGUGUUUUAUGUAAUUUUUUAUUUCAAUUUUUGAAAAUAAAAUAUGUGUGAUAGUGAUAACUUAGAAGAUCAAAGUGAUCAACCGUGUGCAAAGAAAGAGAAACUAGACUAUGGCAUACUACCAAGUCAUCAUUCUCAACAAUCUUUACCGGCAUCACAAAAUAUUAUUAUUGAAACUGGACGCCAUCCUGAUCAGUUGAACCCAAGGCAUACUAUCAAUGUUGUAUGCAGGCCAUCCGGAGGAAGCGGGCCUACCUGAGGGAGGCCAAUGCGUGGCUGCGCUGGGAGGACGCAGAGGGUGAAACCCUGGAAGGCGAAAAUAUUUUCGCCAUCCAGGAUUUGCACGCCAGGGGCGCCAAAUGGUUGGCGGAUUCGGAGGACGAGAAAUAUCUGCGCGGAGCUCGCUGGGAGGGAGGUGUCGGCCCAGACACCCUGAGAGCGCGGUGGGUCCGCGCUCUGAGGCGCGAGGCGCGUGGCCUGGAGGCCGAGGGCGAGCAGCUGCUCGCUCUAUACCACGUGGAGGAUGUCUGGGCGCUAAGGAUCCUCUUCGGGGAGGAGCCCCCUCAACCCGACCUGACAGAGGAGAAUUGGGACCUGGAGCAGUGGGACUGAGGCCACUGCCCCCCCCCUUUCCCAUUUAAUUUUAAAUUAAAAAAAAAAUUUAAAAAAAAAUGUAUUCUAGGAUUAAGUUUUUUGAA